AUGACCACCGACACAAUGACAGGCGAGACAGAGCCACUAUUGAACUCACACGCGACAAAACCACCACCCCAGCAUCCACAUAAACUACUGAUCUGCAUCGUGUGUGCUAUAUUCUUGCUAUCCGCCGACUUCGGAUUUUUUAUGUCCACCGCGCCGCAAAUGGCAGUAUAUGAGGAUAUAAUCUGUCGAAACUACCAGGCCACUCUUCACGGGGCGGGAAACGAAACUUUGAGUCCGUCAGAGCCCAAUCCGUGUAAAUCAGAAGCUGUACAAGGGGAGUUGGCACUCGUGAUUGGGUAUCAAAAUACAUUUGAUGUGAUCCCUGGUCUUGUACUUUCGUUGCCAUACGGCGUGCUGUCGGAUCAUUGGGGGCGAAAGCCUCUCUUGUAUCUUAGCAUGUCGGGCAUUCUCCUCGCGGAGAUCUGGGCUAGAAUAGUUUGCCUGUGGUCAAGCGUCAUUCCCCUCCGGAUGGUCUGGCUUUCAGCUGUGUUUAAAAUUAUCGGUGGUGGCGAUCAAGUCCUCACGGCCAUUGCCAUGGUCAUAGUGGCUGAUGUCUUCUCUGAAGAUGAGAGAGCAACCGCGCUGUUCCGUUUACAAUCUUGUAUCCAAGUCGCAGAGAUUCUAGCCACUCCACUCAGUGCUUAUCUGAUGACUUUCGGUCCAAUGUUUCCAUAUGCGCUCUCACUAGUCAUCAUCGUUUUGGGAAGCAUUCCAUGCUUUUUCCUGCCCGAAACCCUCAAAAACGCCAAAGGAAAGCGAGUCAACCGAGAAGCUCUAGAACAGGACAGCGAUAACGCGCAGUCUCAGCCUCCGAGCAAGCGGACAGUGUCGCAGGAGGUCACCCGACAAGUUCGCGAGUUCAUACACUCGACGCGCUUCAUCUGGGCUGAUUCCAAUAUCUGUUUAAUGAUAUUUGUGAUGUUUGUGACAGUUAUGAGUCGGCAAUGCACGAAUCUGCUUUUGCAAUAUGUGUCGAAGAAGUUUAACUGGAGUAUUAGUCGGGCCAGUCUCUUGAUCUCGUUGCGGGGCAUAUUUUCUCUCGUGGCGUAUUUGGUCAUAAUGCCAUUCCUAGCCUUCUUAGCCGCCAAACACCUAGGCUUCCGCGGAAAAAGUAGCGACCAUUUCCUGAGUAAAGGCAGCGGCGUGCUUUCAAUCAUCGGAUUCGCCGUUAUCUUUAUAGCCCCAACACCCGCUAUCUUAAUCGGUGGUCAGGUCAUCUUGUCAAUCGGUUCAUCAUUCAUGAUCACAACACGCAGCCUGGCUACUUCGCUCGUACAACCCGAUCAUGCUGGCACUUUGUAUUCGGCAAUUGCCAUUGCACAGGGAGUGGGAACUCUCCUUUCCGGUCCAUUAUUUGCCAACCUUUUCCGGUUAGGUAUGCAUCUUGGACCUGCCUGGAUGGGACUGCCUUUCUUACAAGCAUCCCUCUUUUUCAUUGUUGCUGUCAUCGCAGUUUGGCACAUUAGAAUUGGACCAUCUCCGCGGGCCAAUGAUGAGGAGCAGGAGCCUUUGUUAUUGUAG